UCGCACGAUGUGACGCGCCGCCGGAGGCAGGCCGGGCCCUCAAGAUGGCGGCGGGCGCCCCGAGCGGCUCGGCCCGGCAGUAGUGGCGGGACGGCACUCGCCGCUGGGGCCGGCCGCCCCGGGAGUGGCUGCAGCAACGCCAAGAAUCGAGGAUGGUAAAAUGACCCAGGGGAAGAAGAAGAAACGGGCCGCGAACCGCAGUAUCAUGCUGGCCAAGAAGAUCAUCAUUAAGGACGGAGGCACGCCUCAAGGAAUAGGUUCUCCUAGUGUUUAUCAUGCGGUUAUCGUCAUCUUUUUGGAGUUUUUUGCUUGGGGAUUAUUGACAGCACCCACCUUGGUGGUAUUACAUGAAACCUUCCCUAAACAUACAUUUCUGAUGAAUGGCCUAAUUCAAGGAGUAAAGGGUUUGUUGUCAUUCCUCAGUGCCCCACUUAUUGGUGCUCUUUCUGAUGUUUGGGGCCGAAAAUCCUUCUUGCUGCUAACAGUAUUUUUCACGUGUGCCCCAAUUCCUUUAAUGAAGAUCAGCCCAUGGUGGUACUUUGCUGUUAUCUCUGUUUCUGGGGUUUUUGCAGUGACUUUCUCUGUGGUAUUUGCAUAUGUAGCAGAUAUAACCCAAGAACAUGAAAGAAGUAUGGCUUAUGGAUUGGUUUCGGCAACAUUUGCUGCAAGUUUGGUAACCAGCCCUGCAAUUGGCGCUUAUCUUGGGCGAGUGUAUGGGGACAGCUUGGUGGUGGUCCUGGCCACAGCGAUAGCUCUGCUAGAUAUUUGUUUUAUCCUUGUUGCUGUGCCGGAGUCAUUACCUGAGAAGAUGCGGCCCGCAUCAUGGGGAGCACCCAUUUCCUGGGAACAGGCUGACCCCUUUGCAUCCUUAAAAAAAGUGGGCCAAGACUCCAUAGUGCUGCUGAUCUGCAUUACGGUGUUUCUCUCCUACUUGCCGGAGGCAGGCCAAUAUUCCAGCUUUUUUUUAUACCUCAGACAGAUAAUGAAAUUUUCACCAGAAAGUGUUGCAGCAUUUAUAGCAGUCCUUGGCAUUCUUUCCAUUAUUGCACAGAAAGAACUUAUGCUAGGUGCUGGGGAUACAAAGAUAAAUGAGAAGGAAGUCCUUGCCCUUGGGAGAAAAUCGAUGUCCCAGUUAGAGUAUCAUAUACACAGGAAGUUUUUCUUCUCUGAGUGCUCGCUCUGGACCAUAGUCUUGAGUUUACUUAUGAGGUCAAUUGGAAAUAAGAACACCAUUUUAUUGGGCCUGGGAUUUCAAAUAUUACAGCUGGCAUGGUAUGGCUUCGGUUCAGAACCUUGGAUGAUGUGGGCUGCUGGGGCAGUGGCAGCCAUGUCUAGCAUUACCUUUCCAGCUGUCAGUGCACUCGUUUCACGAACUGCUGAUGCUGAUCAACAAGGUGUCGUCCAAGGGAUGAUAACAGGAAUUAGAGGAUUAUGCAAUGGUCUGGGACCAGCCCUUUAUGGAUUCAUUUUCUACAUAUUCCAUGUGGAACUUAAAGAACUGCCAAUGACAGGAACAGACUUGGGAACAAACACAAGCCCACAGCACCACUUUGAACAGAAUUCCAUCAUCCCUGGCCCCCCCUUCCUCUUUGGCGCCUGCUCAGUGCUGCUGGCUCUGCUCGUUGCCUUGUUUAUUCCGGAGCACACCAACUUAAGCUUAAGGCCCAGCAGCUGGAGAAAGCACUGCGGCAGUCACAGCCAUCCUCAUAGCGCGCAAGCGCCAGGAGAGGCCAAAGAACCUUUACUCCAGGACACAAAUGUGUGACACCGAAGUCAGGAAGACUUUUCUAUCAGCACCCAGGUCUUAGUUUUCACCUAUAGUUCUGGAUGUACAUUCCAUUUCCAUCUACAAUGUACUUUUUAAGAUUGUCUUAAGAAAUGUAUCUGCAUGAACUCCGUGGGAACUAAAGAAAAGAACUGGACAGUUUUCCAAAGAUGUUACAAUUUCCUUUGAAAAGAAACCUUUUGUUUAUUAGCACCAGUUUCUUGCCACUAAGCUUUUUAUUUUAUUAUACAUCCUUUAAUUAAAAUUAAAAACUAUAUAUGUAACUUCUUAGAUACUAGCAAUGUCUCUGCUACCAUUUCCUUCAGGUGUUGAGCUUUAACUCUAUGCUGACUCGCAGUGAGAGAGUAGAUGAUAGUAUAGUGUGGAACUGUUCAUUUUAACAUUGUAAAAUCGUGAGUCAGAUUUUAAUAUUGUAAAAUCUUGGGUCAAAUAAUUCAAAGCCUUAAUGCAGAUGCACUAAAGUAAAGAAAUGGUAAAUGAACUGUUUGCAUUUAAAAAACAAAACUCUUUAAGAAAACGAUACUAAAUCUGAAUCAUGUUUCAAGCUUGUUUGUAGUAAUUUUAUUUUAAACAUUAUUCACUACUGUUUUUGAAAUGAGAAAAUAUCAGCCAUUUAGAAUUUAAAUUGGGGUGUUUGGAGCCUGUAAAUCUAAAUGCUGGCUCGCAUUUGUUCCCAGCUACUUAUACCACUACUCUUUUAAUGUUUGCAUAAUCAUAAGAACCUCAACACUUGAAUACAUAAUCUAAAAAUUAUAUAGUAAAGCUGGUAGCCUUGAAAAUGUCAAUGUGAUAUCUAUAUGUAGAUAAAUAUAUAUAGUGGCCUUUCAGGACUGUCACAGUAACACUUUAUUUACAGAGCUAAUGUUUGUCCUAAAUUUUCAGGACCCUAGAAGAGAGCUUUAUACAAUUACUGAUGUGAAUUUCUCUAAAGUGUAUAUUUUUGUGUCCAGUUAUAUUAUUUAAAAAAGUGUUACUUUGUAAAAAUUGUACAUAAAGUAUUGUAUAGUUUA